GCGGCCGGGAGAGCGCGGAGCGAGAGGGGAGGGGAGGGCCGCGCCCCAGAGCCUUGCGCUCCGGAAGUGAAGCGGCCAGACCACCGGCUAACGUAUGCGCAGGGGCAUACCGCUAACCGCUCUCGGCGCCUGGGAUAGUUUGGCCUGGAUGAAGCUCAGACUCACACACCAUUGUGUGGAGGAGGGUAACAUCGUCCUUUGCUGGAAGCUGAAUAUAUAAACUCCUUGACUCUAACAGAACAUUCUGGAACUCAUAAAAAGGAGUCCUGGGUGCUGGAGUAGAAGACAUUUUCCCACCAACUGGAGAGAGGAGAAGUGUCAGAGACCAGGCGACAGUGGGAAAAGCAGCUCUUCCAGGUGCCUCCACGGUCAGGGAAGGGUCAGUGCCACGUGGCUGCCAAAGUCCAGGAGGGAAACAGCAGCAAGUGAACUGCAGAGCCAGAGGCAGUGGCACUACCUUGGGGUAGGUCUGCAGACAAACGGGGAAGUGCAAGUAACUGGUCCUGCUUGAAGAUUUUGAGACUGCUCGUGGAGAGACCCUCUGGUGGGUUGUGAGUUUGGAGUAUUAUCACCCCUAAGGCUGUGCAUAUCCACAGCACUAGUUGCUACCUAUAGAGAGUGAGUGGUUCAGUAUCUGGGACAAUGGCAGUGGCACUGUUAGAGGACUGGUGCAGGAUCAUGAGUGUGGAUGACCAGAAGUCGCUGAUGGUGAUGGGCAUACCAGUGGACUGCGAUGAGGCUGAGAUCCAGGCAAUCCUGCAGGAGACUUUAAAGUCUCUGGGCAGGUAUAGAUUGCUUGGCAAGAUAUUCCGGAAGCAGGAGAAUGCCAAUGCCGUCUUAUUGGAGCUUAUGGAGGAUAUUGAUGUCUCAGUGAUCCCUAGUGAGGUUCAGGGAAAGGGGGGUGUCUGGAAAGUGAUCUUUAAGACCCCUAACCAGGACACUGAAUUUCUUGAAAGACUGAACAUCUUUCUAGAAAAAGAGGGACAGACAGUCUCAAGUAUGUUCCGAGCCCUUGGGCACGAUGGGGUAUCUCCAGCUACAGUACCCUGUAUAUCUCCAGAGUUACUGGCCCAUCUGUUGGGACAGGCAAUGGCACAUGCCCCUCAGCCCCUGCUACCCAUGAGAUAUCGGAAACUGAGAGUGUUCUCAGGGAGUGCCAAGCCUGGCCCAGAGGAAGAGCCAUUUGAGGUCUGGUUGGAACAGGCCACUGAGAUAGUCAAAGAGUGGCCCAUCUCAGAGGCAGAAAAGAAGAGGUGGCUGGUGGAGAGCCUGCGUGGCCCCGCCCUGGACCUCAUGCACAUAGUGCAGGCAGACAACCCAGCCAUCAGUGUGGAGGAGUGUCUGGAGGCCUUUAAACAGGUGUUUGGGAGCCUGGAGAGCCGCAGGACCUCCCAGGUGAGAUACCUGAAGACCUUUCAGGAGGAAGGGGAGAAAGUCUCAGCCUAUCUGCUAAGACUAGAAACCCUGCUCCGGAGAGCUGUGGAGAAACGGGCCAUCCCCAAGAAUAUCGUGGACCAGGUCCGCCUGGAGCAGGUCAUGGCUGGGGCCAACCUUGGUGAGGUUCUCUGGUGUCGGCUUAGGGAGUUAAAGGAUCAGGGCCCGCUUCCCAACUUCCUGGAGUUGAUGAAGGUAGUACGGGAAGAAGAGGAGGAAGAGGCCUCCUUUGGAAAUGAGAAUAUCCCUGGGCGCGCUGGUGCACGCCUGUAAUUCCAGCGAACUGGCAGGCUGAGGCAAGAGGAUCCCAACUUCAAGGUCAGCCUCAGCAGCUUAGUGAGGCCCUCAGCAAUUUAGCAAGACCCUGUCUCAAAAUUUAAAAAAACAAAAAGGGCUGGGGAGUAGCUCAGUGGCAAAGUGCCCCUGGAUAUUCAAUCUCCAGUAUCCCACACCUCCCCCCGCACCCCCCCCCAAAAAAAAAGAAAGAAAGAAGGAAAAGAAAAUGAGACUAUUGAAGGGCCAGAGGGAGGCUGUGGCCACUUGGAUAAUGAGGGCGAUGACUAUAAACCAACUGCUAAGACCACUGCCAACCAGUGGACCUGGGACGUUUGUAUAUUUAAACUAAGACCCUUAUGAUAUUUUCUUUAAUGUAUAGAAUUGAAGUCAAGGCAUGAUAGCCAAGUCUUUAUUUUUUCUUUCUAGAAAAAAAAAAUGUUUGGAGUUUCUUACCCCCUAAGUAGAUUGUUAAUAAAAGAUUAACUUUUAUUAAUUGUUUAUAAAAGAUUAACUUCAAAAUAAUAGAUAGUAAGUCUAAAGACAUCCAAAACACCCAGACUUCUGGUUUCCUUUAAAAACCCCAAAUAGACCAAAGUUUACCUGUACCAUAGAAGAAAGAAUUGAUGUUAGAAAAGAAAAUAGCUUUUAUAAUAAGUUAGAAAGUAUAAUAAGUUAGAAAGUCACAGAGUGACUUGGCUUGUCCAGAAUCUCCUUGUCUCAGCUCAGCCAGUUCUUGCUGAAUCCCUAGCAUUGCUAGACACCGUACAGGAGCUAUAAACCUCCAGCUACUGCCUGCAGUUGAGCAGGUACAAACCUGCAAGAUGGGCUAUGCCUUCUGGAAGUUUCCAAUGAGAUAAGUUGUUGGUACAGACAAGUGGAAGCAAAGUAACCAUAUUUGUAGAUAAAUUCACAGCCCCAGCAGAAAGGUCGUGGGUCAUGGUUAAAUGAAUGGGACCAUCUCCACCCAUAGGUUUCUUUUUUCUCUUUCCUGAGAAGUGUUCAUCCUGCCUCUGUGCUGGGUGCCAUAUCAGACCCUGAAGAACAGAUGACUCCAAGGCCCGGGCCCAGUCUGGUUGGAGAAGGGGGUUUAGUGGCCAUAGAGAACAAAAAGGAGAGUGAAGGCCCUCCCCUUUAUUGAGGGCCUGCACUGUGCCAGGCAUUUCACACACAUCUAAGUGUGCAGCAACCCCACACUUUAUAGGGGUUUUUAAUUUUAUUUUAUAUAAAAAUUAGCUGAAGGUCAUAUGGGUUAAGUAGUCUCCUCAACACCAAAAUGCUAAGAAGCAGCUCAGGAUCUCCUGACUUGAGCCUGUCCACUUUCCACCAUCUUUAGUGGAUUUCAAAUUGUGUCCUCAAAAUUCUGCAGAGAGUUUUCAGCCGUCCCAUCUUCAAAUUACACCUUGAACUCUGUAAAUAUCUAGUAAAUAACAGGUAGACUCAAAUGUGUCAAAAGCCAAAAGUUAACAUGCCAGCAGUUACCCUUAGGUUUGCUUGUUUUCAGUGACUCCUUUUGUGCAGAACUUGGAAUAAAGCUUCCCUGCUGCUAUCUGUGCAUAUAUCCAAACUUCCUUUAAUUGUUCAUAGACUUAAUGAGCGUGUGCAUCUGGCCCACACAUGCAAUGUCAAGUGUGCUAGGACAGCUUAGACGAGCACCAUUUAGUUACAUGCUAGGUGAAGCUCCGACACAGUUGAUGCACAGCCUCAUGGUAGAUUUGUGCAACUGUAACCAAGUUGCUUAGCUUCUGUGAAUGUAAGUUUCCUCAUCUGCAAAUGGGAAGAUUAUAAUACAGGGUGGUUAUUAGGAGCAAGUGACAUAACACCCUUUUAGUACUUCUCUUGAUGUCUGGAACUUGGAAAACCCUUGAUACAUUAAGGCUCUUGGGAUUUUCGUGAUGCUUAUUGUCAUCAGCUCAGUGCAUGCUUUCCUUAUUCUUCUAGUUGUCCAGGAACAAGUAAAAUGAUAGAAUCUUCCAGUCCAGUUGUGAUACCUUUGCAUUUAGAGACCAUUUCAGCAAUUCUUGAAAAUGCUUGUCUUUUAUACAUGUGAUAAUAUUCCAGCAGUUGUUGACAAUUGUUAAUGACUUGACUUUGAAACAUUAAGUUAUUCUUUUGAAUUGUGAGUUAGCUUAACCGAAGAAUAUCCUGAGAUUGUAACAACAUUUUUUUUAAAAAAGUACCAUUCAUUUGUGAUCAUUUAUCUUUCUAAAGUAUUUUUCUCAAUACUGUUCAACCAAUGAUGUGAGAGUAAUCCAUUACAUCCUGAUUUAAUGUGAUUUUGUAUUCAUGAAAAUGACCUCAUUAUCAUUGAUUGAUAAUCUACAAAGUAAAAUGUUACCAAUGUGAAAUUAUAAAAUAAAUCUAAGAUAAUAAAA